CGGGGCUGGGCCGCGCGGGUAGCGCGGGCUUCCUGCGGGGCGCCUCGCUGUGGAGCAGCCAGCGCUGGCAGGUGCUGCGCGGCGGCGGCGGCCAGGGCCCCCGGCGCGGCCUCUCCGCGCUGAGGAAGAGCUUCAGCUUCCGCCUGCGCCGCGGCCAGGAGAUCCGGCGCGCCGAGUCGGGGCCCCUGCCCCGGGCGCGCACCCGCAGCGACGGCGACGCCAGCUCCCUGGGCGCCUUCCCCAGCCGCCGCGACCUGCUGCUGGGCGCCGAGGCCCCGCGCGCCGCGCCCGAGCCCGGCCGCCCCCGAGCCGCCGCCGGCCUCUGGAGGCUGCUCACCAGCCGCUUCCGCCGGAGGGAGCCCGCACCCGCGCCCGCGCCCGCCGAGCCGCUGUGGAGCCGCCGGGCGGCCGCGGCCCCGGGGCUCCUGGGCACGCCAAGCGACUCCUUUGUGAACAGCCAGGAGUGGACCCUGAGCCGCUCGGUGCCGGAGCUUAAAGUGGGCAUUGUGGGAAACCUGUCUAGUGGGAAGUCGGCCCUGGUGCACCGCUAUCUGACGGGGACCUAUGUCCAGGAGGAGUCCCCUGAAGGGGGUCGGUUUAAGAAGGAGAUUGUGGUGGAUGGCCAGAGUUACCUGCUGCUGAUCCGAGAUGAAGGAGGUCCCCCUGAGCUCCAGUUUGCUGCCUGGGUGGACGCGGUGGUGUUUGUGUUCAGCCUGGAGGAUGAAAUCAGCUUCCAGACCGUGUACAACUACUUCCUGCGGCUCUGCAGCUUCCGCAACGCGAGCGAGGUGCCCAUGGUGCUGGUGGGCACGCAGGAUGCCAUCAGUGCCGCAAACCCCCGAGUCAUCGACGACAGCAGGGCCCGCAAGCUCUCCACAGACUUGAAGCGCUGCACCUACUAUGAGACGUGCGCGACCUACGGGCUCAACGUGGAGCGCGUCUUCCAGGACGUGGCCCAGAAGGUAGUGGCCUUGCGGAAGAAGCAGCAGCUGGCCAUCGGGCCCUGCAAGUCACUGCCCAACUCCCCCAGCCACUCGGCAGUGUCCGCCGCCUCCAUCCCGGCCGUGCACAUCAACCAGGCCACGAAUGGCGGCAGCAGCGCCUUCAGCGACUACUCAUCCUCAGUCCCCUCCACCCCCAGCAUCAGCCAGCGGGAGCUGCGCAUCGAGACCAUCGCUGCCUCCUCCACCCCCACACCCAUCCGCAAGCAGUCCAAGCGGCGCUCCAACAUCUUCACGUCUCGAAAGGGUGCUGACUUGGACCGGGAGAAAAAAGCCUCCGAGUGCAAGGUGGACAGUAUCGGGAGUGGUCGGGCCAUCCCCAUUAAACAGGGCAUCCUGCUGAAGCGGAGUGGCAAGUCCCUGAACAAGGAGUGGAAGAAGAAGUACGUGACACUCUGUGACAACGGGCUGCUCACCUACCACCCCAGUCUGCACGAUUACAUGCAGAACAUCCAUGGCAAGGAGAUUGACCUGUUGCGGACAACAGUGAAAGUGCCAGGGAAGCGUCUGCCUCGAGCCACACCUGCCACAGCCCCAGGCACCAGCCCUCGGGCCAACGGGCUGGCCUUGGAGCGGAGUAACACACAGCUGGGUGGGGGCACAGAGUCGGAGGAGUCGUUUGAGUUUGUGGUGGUGUCCCUCACUGGGCAGACGUGGCACUUCGAGGCCUCGACGGCAGAGGAGCGGGAGCUGUGGGUACAGAGCGUGCAGGCCCAGAUCCUCGCCAGCCUGCAGGGCUGCCGCAGCGCCAAGGACAAGACUCGACUGGGGAACCAGAAUGCAGCUCUGGCUGUACAGGCUGUCCGCACUGUUCGUGGCAACAGCUUCUGUAUUGACUGCGAUGCCCCCAAUCCAGACUGGGCCAGCCUGAACCUGGGCGCUCUGAUGUGCAUCGAGUGCUCAGGGACCCACCGACAUCUGGGGGCUCACCUGUCCCGGGUCCGUUCUCUUGACCUUGAUGACUGGCCACCUGAGCUGCUGGCUGUUAUGACUGCGAUGGGCAAUGCCCUGGCCAAUAGUGUCUGGGAGGGAGCCCUGGAUGGUUAUGCAAAGCCAGGGCCUGACGCCUGCAGAGAGGAGAAAGAGCGCUGGAUACGGGCCAAGUACGAACAGAAGCUCUUCCUGGCCCCACUGCCGAGCUCGGAUGUGCCGUUGGGGCAGCAGCUGCUGCGGGCCGUGGUGGAGGACGACCUGCGGCUGCUGGUGAUGCUUCUGGCACACGGGUCCAAGGAGGAGGUGAAUGAGACCUAUGGAGAUGGGGAUGGGCGGACAGCUCUGCAUCUCUCCAGUGCCAUGGCCAAUGUCGUCUUCACACAGCUGCUCAUCUGGUAUGGGGUGGAUGUGAGGAGCCGGGACGCCCGAGGUCUGACUCCAUUGGCCUAUGCUCGCCGGGCUGGCAGCCAGGAAUGUGCAGACAUCUUGAUCCAGCAUGGCUGCCCUGGGGAGGGCUGUGGCUUAGCACCUACCCCCAACAGAGAGCCUGCCAAUGGCACCAACACCUCUGCUGAACUGCACCGAAGCCCUAGCCUCCUCUAAGGCCCAGGAAGGGGGCAGAGGGGCCAGAAGGACUCCAUGGCCUGGGGAACCCUCUUCCCAACAGGCACUGGGGGAAACAAAGACACAGAGACUGAGAAGCAGGGACAUACAGAAAGGAAGAAGGAGAAGAAAAUAGGAAGAAUCAAAAAGGAGAAGAGCCAAAUGGGAGAAACAGAGGGAUCAGAAGAGACGUCUGGGAUUUGAGCUGCAGCAGAGAAGGAGUGGAAGUAUUUAGCCCUCUGCCCUAUGGUGCCAUUGAAAAGGGACAGGACCCUUUGGGGCUACCUGUGAGGAGAGGGGAGCAGGACCUCUCCCUCCUCCAGAUUCCUCCCUGCUAGUGCCAGCCCCCUGCAAGCCUGCAUCCUAAAAUGGAGCCUGGAUGAGACACAGGUUAAGGGGUGUGCUGGAUGAAAGCAACAAGGGGGUGAUCUGUGAGUCCCAUGUAAAUUUGUAUAUUGGAGUAUUUAUGUUUGUGUACAUAUUUGGUGUAUAUGUAUGAUGAGCCAAUAAACGAGACUGUGUGUA